AUGCUGUCGCUGUUCCAUCUACCCGUCUCUGUCUUUUCCUUACAAGACUGUCAAUGUUUCGGACACUCGACCCGGUGCAGUUUCCUCGAGUUGUUCCGUGCUCCUGUUUGUGUGAACUGUAGACACCACACCCGGGGCCGACACUGCCACUUGUGCCGUUUGGGCUACCAUCGAAACCCUACAGCUCAGCUCCACCAUCACAACGUCUGCUUAGACUGUCAGUGUAACCCUGAUGGCGCUCUGCACCGACACUGUAAUGACACGGGAUAUUGUGUCUGCAAGUCUGGAGCAACAGGGCCCAAGUGUGACAAGUGUCUGCCUGGAUAUUACUGGCACAGGGGCUGUCGAGCCAGUGUUUGUGAUAACGUGCUGAGCCGGUGUGAGAAUGGGGGAGUGUGUGAGGACAAUGGCCGGUGCUUGUGUCAGCCUCCAUACACAGGACUGCUGUGUGAGAAACACCAGUGCAGGAAGGGAACAGGAGCCUGUGUCUCACACUCACCCCAAGAACCAAGCUUCCACAGCCUGCUGCUCUCCCUCACUGCCCUGCUCAUCACUGCUAACGACCAUGGGCCCCUCUGA